UUAAUAAAAUUAAUGCUAAUGAAUAUAUAUGAUUGUUUCAAUGUUUGAAGUCUCAAAAUUUUUCUUGUUCCUAUCGUUUUCUUUCAAUAUGCCUAUCAGAUUCAGAACUUUUGGUUUCCAUUACUUCUCACCCUGGUUUUUGUUAUUUCUGCAUCUUCCUUUUUCAUAUGCAAUUUCAUUCGAUUACCCUAAUUUCUCAAACUCUCAAAACCUGAACUUAACCGGCGAUGCUUUACACAUCGAUGGAAUUAUAUCACUCACCAGAAACAGAGCUGACUCUAAUCUUAUUGAUAGUGUUGGCCGAGCUGUGUACUCCCAAGAGAUGCACCUCUGGGAUGGAUCUACAGGCAAAUUUGCAGACUUUCUUACUCAUUUUUCCUUUAAUAUAUCGACGCUUUCACGUCAAAAUGGAGGCGAUGGGUUGGCCUUCUUCCUCGCUCCUAAUGGCUCUCAAGUUCCAGAUGAUGCUUGGGGAGGGUGCCUUGCGCUGAUCAGCAAUUGUUCUUCUUUCAACACUACAGGAAAAGCAAUAGUAGCCGUUGAGUUUGAUACUUAUAAGAACGAUUAUGAUCCCAAUGAUAAUCAUGUAGGAAUUAAUGUCAACUCCAUCAAGUCAGUGGCCAACAUUACUUGGAGUAGAAGUAUUAAAAAUGGAUCCGAGGCUAAUGCGUGGAUCACUUAUAAUUCUCAAACAAGAAAUUUGAGUUUGUUCUUGACUUACGAUGAUAAUCCAGUUUUCAAUGGGAAGGAUUCAAGCCUUUCAUAUGAAAUUGAUCUGUCUAAGGUUUUGCCUGAAUGGGUCACUGUUGGGUUUUCAUCUUCAACUGGUGCUAGCACAGAGAUACAUAAUAUUCUUUCAUGGGAGUUCAAUUCAACUGAAAUUUCAUCCAAGCCAGAUGUUGGAAGCGGAGGCGGGGGAGGUGGUGGGCAGAGCAUAGGUAUAAUAAUUGGUAGUGUGGCUGGUGGACUUGCUGCAAUUGGUGGGUUGAUCUCAAUAUUGAUCUUUUCUUGGAGGAGAAACAGGAGGAAGAAAGAAGAUGUUGAAUCAGAUGAUUCCAUGGAUCAUGAAUUCGAGCAAGGAACAGGGCCUAAGAGGUUCUCUUAUGAAGAAUUGGUUCGAGCCACAAAUAACUUUGCAGAAGAAGGGAAACUUGGGGAAGGAGGUUUUGGAGGAGUUUAUAGAGGAUACUUGUCUGAUUUAAGUGUGGCAGUGAAAAGAGUCUCUAAAGCGUCUAAACAAGGACGAAAGGAGUACACGUCAGAAGUGAAGAUCAUUAGCAAAUUGAGGCACAAAAAUCUUGUACAACUUGUGGGUUGGUGCCAUGAAAAGGGUGAGUUCCUCCUUAUUUAUGAGUUCAUGCCUAAUGGAAGUCUUGAUUCUCAUCUCUUCAAAAGAGAAAAUAUGCUAUCUUGGAAAGCAAGGUAUAAUAUAGCACUUGGUUUAGCCUCUGCUCUGCUCUAUCUCCAUGAAGAAUGGGAACAAUGUGUAGUGCAUAGAGACAUUAAAUCAAGCAAUGUGAUGUUGGAUUCAAAUUUCAACACCAAGCUUGGAGAUUUUGGCUUGGCAAGGCUCAUGGAUAAUGAGCUAGGCCUCAAGACAACAGGGUUAGCCGGAACGUUUGGUUACAUGGCACCUGAAUACAUUAGUACAGGGAAGGCUAGUAAGGGAUCAGAUGUGUUCAGCUUUGGCGUGGUUGCCCUGGAAAUUGCAUGUGGGAGGAGAUCAAUGGAAGCAAGUAAUGAAGAGGCUCAGAUUUCAUUGGUGGGUUGGGCAUGGGAAGCAUAUGGAAAUGGAAGGGUUCUUGAUGUUGUUGAUAGGAGAUUGGGCAUGGAUUUCAAUGUAGAACAGAUGGAAUGCUUGUUAACUGUUGGGCUGUGGUGUGCUCACCCAGAUUUCAAUCUUAGGCCAUCGAUGAGGCAAGCAUUACAGGUUCUUAAUUUUGAAGCAGCAUUGCCAAAUCUUCCUGCAAAGAUGCCCGUUCCAAAGUAUGAUGUGCCAACCUCUUCAACUAGCUCCACAGAACCUUUACUCUCCACUUCAUCUCUUCCCGUGGGUCGGUAAACUAACUCCUAGUUUCUUAGUUUUAAUUUGUAAUUUUUUCAUUAACUUAUAUAUCAUUUAAAUAAGAGAAAAUUGAUGUUUUUAAUUAUUUUGUCAACUCUCGUCCAUUAAUUUAAUUUUUGUUACAGAUGUAAUCCUUUUUAA